CGCGACAGAGCCGUAAAGGCGCGCGAAAGCGGAGCAUGGCGCUGUACGCGGCGGCGGCGGCAGUGCUGGCGGGCGUGGAGAGCCGCCAGGGUUCCCUCAAAGGGCUAGUGUAUGCCAGCAGCUUCCAGAACGUGAAGCAGCUGUACGCACUGGUGUGCGAGACACAGCGCUACUCUGCGGUGCUGGACGCCGUGAUCACCAGCGCCGGCCUGCUCCGCGCCGAGAAGAAGCUGCGGCCGCACCUGGCCAAGGUGUUAGUAUAUGAGCUGUUGCUGGGAAGAGGCUUUAAAGGGCGUGGGGGUCGAUGGAAGGCUCUGUUGGACCGGCACCAGGCAAGGCUGAAGGCAGAGUUGGCCCGGCUCAAGGUUCACCGAGGUGUGAGCCGCAAUGAGGACCUGCUGGAAGUGGGAUCCAAGCCUGGUCCAGCCUCCCAGGUGCCUCGAUUUGUGCGGGUGAACACUCUGAAGACCUGCUCUGAGGAUGCAAUUGAUUAUUUCAAGAGACAAGGUUUCUCCUACCAGGGUCGGGCUUCCAGCCUCGAGGACUUAGGGGCCCUCAAAGGAAAGUGUUUUCUUCUGGAUUCCUUGUUGCCAGAGCUGCUCGUGUUUCCUGCCCAGACAGAUCUGCAUGAACACCCACUGUACCAAGCCGGUCACCUUAUCCUACAAGACAAGGCGAGCUGCCUCCCAGCCAUGCUGCUGGCUCCACCACCGGGUUCCCACGUCAUCGAUGCAUGCGCUGCCCCGGGCAACAAGACCAGUCACUUGGCUGCUCUUCUCAAGAACCAAGGGAAGAUCUUUGCCUUUGACCUGGAUGCCAAGCGCCUGGCAUCUAUGGCUACCCUGCUGACCCGGGCCGGGGUCUCUUGCUGUGAGCUGGCUGAGCAGGACUUCCUGGCGGUCUCGCCCUCAGACGAGCGUUAUCGUCAGGUCCAGUAUAUCUUGCUGGAUCCUUCUUGCAGUGGCUCCGGGAUGCUGACCAGGCAGCUGGAGGAGCCCGGCGCAGGGGUGCCGAGCAAGGAGCGCCUGCGAGCACUGGCGGCGUUCCAGCAGCGGGUGCUUAGUCACGCGCUCACCUUCCCGGCCCUGCAGCGCCUUGUCUACUCCACGUGCUCCCUCUGCCAGGAGGAGAAUGAAGAUGUGGUACAAGCCGCCCUGCAGCAGAGCUCAGGAGCCUUCAGGCUUGCUCCUGCCCUCCCCUCCUGGCCGCACCGAGGCAUCAGCACUUUCCCAGAUGCUGGGCACUGCCUCCGGGCCUCCCCUGAGACCACGCUCACGGGUGGCUUCUUCAUUGCUGUAUUUGAACGGGUAGAGGUGCCAAGCCUCCAGGUGGCCUGUGGUCCUGUGACAUCUUGUGGCACUCCUCCCCUUCCCCUGCUCCAGAGCGACUGCUUCAACGGGCCCUCCUGUGUAGGCAUUUCAGCCUAACCCACUCCUCAAGACCUUCUCUCACACUCCGUGAAGAAAACAGAAGCUACCAGGGUCAAAAGUCCUUAUAAUUCAUCUUCCACGAGGCAAAAGUCAUUUCAUUUUUUCUGCUUGAAAUUCUACACUGAUUUCCCUUAGUACUGACAAUCCAGGCACUCAACCCUGGCCAUGACUGACCUACUAACCAACUCUGCCUACCUCGCGACCUCAUCUGAUACCACUUUCCCUACUUUUAAACAUACAGCCACACCUGACUUCCUCUGUUCAUGAACCUACCCAACUUGUUUCUGCCUCUGGGCCCCUCACACCCCCACAUCCUUCUUAUCACAAAGACAGUCUCAGAGAUUAAAUGUGUUACUUCCUCAGAAA